GGUAUCAGCCCGACCCAAUCUUGCCUGAGGUCUCAUCAGGCAGUGUGCGUGUAACUUGAGCAGCUAGGUAGUGUUGUGCCAACAGCUGCGGGGUCAGGGUUUGUCCCGCCCUCACACCCGGGUCGGGUUGUGCAAAGAGUGCCGACAAUCGCUUGGCAAGAGCUCGGCUGCCCCGCCAAAGCUCCCUCAACACUCGCGCUACUGCAUAUUUUUCAGGACUUGGACGACCGCAACCGGCGAAUUUUACCCCCGGAAUUACAACCCAAGUUGCGUGGACUGUAGCUGGUGGCAUCGCGAACCUCGAUGUAGCGAGCAGGCCGCGAUGGGCAAGCUUCAGAGCAAGCACGCCUGCAAGAGGCGGGAAAGUCCAGAGGGCGAUUCCUUCGUGGUCAAUGCUCACUUCAACACAGGACGUUACAGGGGGAUUGAGGAUUUCAUCGCUCGACAGAAAAAUGCAACAGGGUUACAGCUCGCAACUUACAAAGGCGGCCGCCAACCACCGGUAACGUAUAAAGAGCCGCCAGCCCAGGAGAUGGAAAAAGCAGGUGGCUGCAAGCCUGUGCCAGUGGGCAUGGCAGAUGACUGCUUCCCGCUAGAAGUGCAACUUCCGCCUGAGACACCAGACCCUGGAAGACGGACGCCAUUUUAUGUUGUAGGGCCAAACGAUGGAGACAGCAAAUCUCCGGUGGAAGAAGGUGAAAAGCCUGGCCUGCAUGUGGAGGAGUUUGAAUGUGGGGUGUCGGUGGAAGGAAGUGACAAGCAGGAGUGGACAUUCACCUUGUAUGACUUCGAUGGCAAAGGCAAGGUUACUCAAGAGGAUUUUGCUACCCUCCUACACUCCAUCUACGAGAUGGUGGGGAACUCGGUACACCUGCCCAGCAAGAGCAGCAGCAAGGGCAACAAGAAUAAGACAUUAAAACUGCGCCUCACGGUGUCGCCUCCCAAGAACGGCAAGGCUCCUGAGAAACGGGUGGAGACAGAGAUGGAGCAGGAGGAAGCGAAGGAUGACGACGGAGAUAGCGGGAACGAGGGAAUGUCGGAAGGGUGUGAGACGCCGACUCGUAAAAAGUCUUGCAGUGCUAACGAGCAGAUGAGGAAGCUAAACCUGCAUGAGUUUGUGCAGAAAUCCAUAGAGAAACAACAGCAACAGCAGCAGCACAGAAUAGCACAGCUAAGGAGACACCACAGCGACAGUCACAACCACCACCACCACUCUGCAGACGAGGUGAGAAGACAUCGCCACAGCCAUCACCACCACCACCGCGGCAGCAGCAGCAACAACCGCUCCAACGUGCACGAGAACCCCGACCGCCGCAGCCACUACCUGGACCUGGCCGGCGUGGAGAACCUCAAUAACGCUCCCAUCACGGGGAUGUAUACAUCCUCAAAUUCCCAGGAAAACAACCACUCUCGGUCAAGGUCGAGAGGCCAUGAGGGCCACCACAGGUCAAGGUCACACGACUCUCAAGAACUGCAAGGAUUGGCCAAGCACGAACUGCACGUGCACAAGACGCGAUCAACUAAGGACGUGCCACACAGCUAUUCCCGAACGACAGAAAUGCACCACACGCAAAGAAUAAAAGAAACACAUGGGAUUCCAAAACUGAAUGAAAGUACUGUUGCACGGAUUAUUGAGAUCCAACAAAGGGCACGAAUGUAUCAGGACAUGGGAAGAAAGGGACAGAUUUGCCCGGUUCAGCCAUCUUUGAAUCCCUCACGAACAAAAGGCAGGCCGACGGGCUACGCGGCCGCGUUGGUGAGCCCGCCGGGCUUGCACGGACACAGGCGGCACCACAGACACAAGGAGGAGUUCAAGGCUGUACAGGAGGUGGAGUUUGUGGAACAGACGGGAGAACGCCCGGCGUCGGGGCACGUUCAACGCCACGAACACCACCACCACCACGAGCACCAUCACCACCAUCACUACCACCACUAUCAUGAGGCAUAGCGACUCUCCGCUCCUGCAGGGCUGCACCUGUCACUGUUCUCCCCCGGCAUGGUCCCCCUCGAGGGGAGGGCAGUGAUUUGUGCACAAGUUCAGAGGAAUAACAGCAGACCAGUGUAUCUGGUCAGUUGUGGUUCAUGCAUAGACAGAACUGCACUCUCUCCAAUUCUUAUCUUUAAAUCAGGUCACCUAUUUAAAAGAAGGAGAAGAAGAAACAUUUGGCACCCAGUUUUCUCCAAAGGAGGAAUACUGUAGAGAAUUGUAACUGAUUUGACCAGAGAAAUGGAGAGAGGGUGCAGUAGGGUCUUGGAGUGGCAGCCAUAUAUAGACCAUGUACAAAGUGGUGGCAUGUGAAGGGUGUAGGGUGGCUAAGGUAUUCUAGACUUGUUUGUACAUAAAUUUUUAGACUUCUCAGAAUAGUGGUACCAUGCAUUUGGGUAAUGGUGUCCAAUGCAUUUCUUGAUGUGCCUGAAUGAAGGCACCCUCGGGUGACCAAAGGCAUUGAUUUUCAGGUGCCUGCAUAAUAGGCAAAUUAGUAGCCACUCAAACUAAGUAGAAUUAUAAGUUCAAAUAGAGGAUAAGAAAAAGUACCACUGCCUUCACAUAAUGAAAUCUAUUUUUCUAUUUAUUAUUCUUUGCCACUUUUGUUGUAUUUUGCCAGACUGCAUGUACAUAAACGUUAUUCCUCACAAGUUGACAGAUAUUUGUUUACUACAAUAUCUUUCAAUCCAUGUCGACAUGUAUGUAUCAUGGCCAGUUUAUAAAACAAAGUCGUGCAUAGUAACAUUUUUAGAAACUCCGCAAGGUCAUAUUUAUUGGUAGUUUUGAAACUUUUGAGAGGAAGCCUGAUAUGUGUUGUUCACAAAAGCAGUUUUGUGAAAGACAGUGGCAAGUAUAUAUGUAUAUCUAUAUACACUCUGAUGCCAAAACACAAUCAGGGAAGUGAAAUUAGGGGCAUUUUUGCAAGUUGGAUUCUCUUAAUCAAGAUGUUCAUCCCCUCCCCAUAAGUUGUCAGUCCUAUUUAUUCAAGGCCUGACUGAUAUAUAUGCCAUGUUUAUCAAAAUUAUUACCACACUUCCUGUAAAUUUAAAAAUCUAUAGUUUUGAGAUUAAUAUAUACAGUACCAAUGUGUAUAUACAACUUGUACGUAUGAUGAUUGUUGUUACCCCCAUUAACUUAGUUAUUUAAGUACCUCGUAGGUGAAGAAAACACUGCUAUCAACUAUUGUACAUUGUAUUUUUCUUUUUGUUGUGUUGAACCUCUCUCAUGAUUCUCAUUGUAUUUGACCUGCUUAUGUUUUUUCACUGAUGCAGUGAUGUAAAAAAAAAGAUAGGAAUACCAAUUCCAGGGCACAAUGUUACAGGGUUGGACGAAGGCUGCAGACAAUAUGUGAUAUGCAGAUGGAAGAAAUAUUUAUGGUAAAUAUUAAAGUUCCAGCCAGUAAGAUAUAGAUGUAGGAAACAGUGCCCAUCUGAUUGGCAAACUUACCACUAGUUCAUGUGGGAGGUAAACUUACAUAAGUGUGAUGGUCAAGGUAAGAUUCGUCUUAUAUUCUAUAUGUUUAUUGCCACAUACUCCUAUACAUGUAUGAAGAAUCUGAAUCUCAGAUGUUAUAAGACAUUUUCUUAUAUUUCUAUUAAUAUGGACCAAACAGAAGUUGCCAAAAUUGUCACUUUUUCAUCUGUUUUCCUCAUGGUCCAAGGAAGAGACAGUCUCACAGCGUUGCUAUUCCGUACACACUGCCAAUGUCACAUAUUCUUUAGCCAAUGACCGUAUCGUUCAUGGCCUAUUUUUCUAUUUUGUUCAAAAACUUGACAGGAAGUUUGUAUGUCAAGUCAACAACCACUACAACCAUGAAUUGCCCCAGAACCUAUUUUUCUCUUGCAUAAGUUUCUCUUUUUUUGUCCGCUGAAAGAUGUCUGUUUAAAGAAAUAUUGAUUUUGCUGAUGCAGCAUUAUGAAUUAUGGGUUCUAACAGCCAAACAAAGGAAUUGUACAGGUAUAGUGACUUUGUGAGUCAAAGGUGUCGAAAUUUCUCACUUGAAAUAUUGAAAGUGGAAACUGUUACAAGAUAUGUGACUGGUGCAAAUAGGAACGUACAUACAAGCCAGUAUUAGCAGUGAUCCAUGUGUGGUUUGCACCACUGUCAAUCAUGUAACGUUACCCCCAAUCUUGUAUGUUUUUCACACUACUGUCAUGUCAGUCAGGGAACAAUAUUCAGCAAAGCACAGAAUCCACUAUGUUGGCAGCUGGAGCAACUGUCUUCGACAUAGGAAGUUCUAUUUCCAGGGAGGAAAGAAAGAGAAUAUCUUUCAUUAUAUUGAAAAUGUGAGGACAAUGUUAAGUAUCAUGUCAUCACGUGUAAGGAACCAUGUUUACUGUAGAUACUACACACUUGUAGGUAGUGUUAAGUGCUGACUGUACGGGAUACGUAUUUUGUUGGCAACAAACUUUGUAUGUGUCAAAGGUAUCUAAUAAACAUUCUUUGUGAAGGACAAAUUA